AUGGUGAGCACUGUGCUCAAGAUUACAAGUGGAAGCCAAAUCUUUCGUGUGCUGUUCGAGAAGAACCCGGACGAGCUGGACUAUGAGGCCGUGAAAGCAGCAGCAGCUGACCUUUGCGGCCUUGACUCGCUGUCUAGGUAUCUUGACCAAGACGGAGCUUCUGUCGUCUUGUCGGACUGCAUGAGAGGAGACUUUCCGGAACUUCCAGACAACAGCCACAAGGUCCACCCACAGUGCUUCUGUGAUGCUUCUCCGAUUGAAUGUGAUAGAAACCGAGACACCAAAGACUUCCGCAUGGCAGGAGGCCAACUGAUCUUCGUGACCUCGAUGAGCUGUGCAAAUCUCAGCAUUGGCAUGGUUUUCCAUGUAGUUUGCAUGUGCGUGAGAUUGGCACAGUUCGACGAGCCUGACAAGCACAACAGGAAGAAGCGCAAGAAGCGAAUGGCCAAGACGAAGUCCCAGACCAGAAAUUCCAACAUGGAGGCCUCGGGGGCGCAAAGGCCUGUACCUCCACAAUCUCCGGAGGUGGAGAUUUCGUACAGCUCCACAACGGCCAUUGAGGACUUGAGUGAGAUGGAGAUGCAAACAAAUCAGCCACCUCAAGUGGACAUUGGCAUGUCGGACCUGGAUGAUGACGACCCGGACUGUGAACUCCCUGUGGAGACUCGCGACGAGGCUUCGGACGAUGACGUCCUUGUCCGAGCGGCUUCGUGCCCUUGCUUACCAACAUUUGGUGAGGACCUUGUCGCCGAGGUUGACCGCCAAGAUGAGGCCAGCCAGCUCUGGCCUGCAACACCCGAGUCCACUCCGCCACAAUCUCCUCGCGCUGUUGUGUGGGUGCCUGCCGUUCCGGUAUUCAUGUGGCAGGCUGUUCCGAUUGACUUCGACCACUGCAAUGAAGUGGAUUGUCCGGUGGACUGCGGCUGGGGUGUUUGGAGUGAUUGGAGCCACUGCACGGCAUCGUGUGACGGUGGUACGCGGCAGAGAGGUAAGCCCAUCAAGGUGCAGAACAACAGUCUCGGAAAGCCAUGCAACAUGGCAGAAGGCAUUCAGGUGGAGGACUGUGGCACCAGCCCAUGUCCGCGGGACUGCACAUGGGCGGACUGGACCAAAUGGGGUGAGUGCUCAACCACCUGUGCUGGCGGAGUGAAGUUGCGGAGCCGGUCCAUAGCAGAAGCUGCUAUUGCCGAUGGCAAAAAAUGCGAAGGAGCCACUCAGGACGAAGAGGUUUGCAACGUCAAGGCAUGCCCAACGGAUUGCGUGCUUGCGGACUGGAGCAACUGGAAAGCCUGUUCGGUGACUUGUGGCAACGGCACAAGUCUGCGAGAACGCAAAGUCUUGGUGAAAGAGGAAGGCGGUGGCCGACCGUGCAGUGAACCGUUGGAGGAGGAGGUGCCUUGCACAGAAAAAGUUUGCCCGGUGGACUGCAGUUGGGGCGAUUGGAGCCAUUGGUCUCACUGCAGUCAGACUUGUGGGAGCAACGUCUCUUUGUGGGCUACGAGCACAAGGAAGAGGCUUGUGAAGGAAUCUGCCGGCGGAAGACCUUGUGACGGAGAGGACGAGCAGAAGAAGUUGUGUGGUCAAAAACCCUGUCCGAUCGACUGUGUGUGGGCCGAUUGGAACGAAUGGAAGGCUUGCACGAAAUCUUGCGGCGCUGGCAUCACCGAUCGUUUGCGCAACAUCUCGACCCCCGCUGCCCACGGCGGGAAAGAGUGUUUUGGCUCCACAAGAGAUGUGAAGACCUGCAAUGAGGAGAUGUGUCCCCAAGACUGCAGUUAUGCUGAUUGGGAACAGUGGUCCGAAUGCAGCCGGCCAUGUGGUGAGGGGACUGCCAUCCGCUAUCGCAUCAUUGAUACGCCAGCUGCACGGGGCGGUCAAGUCUGCCUCGGUCCGAAACAUGAGACGGGGGGCUGCAACGGCACUGACUGCGUGACAACGGCGGAGUUGAUCCGGAAAGGCUAUGCAUCGCAAAUCACUGGUGCCAUGCACAUCAUCACCGAAGAUCCUGUGAGCUAUGCGGCGAAUCCCUUGGUGGAGCAGGUGAGUCGCGAGGCAUUGGCGGAGUUCGCGGAGUUGCCUGUGCGACGUGUGCACGUGUCGAUGAUGCCGGAUACCAUGAAGCCCCGGGAUGUGGUCAACUGGUUCAGCAUGCUCGUUCCGAACUCAACAAACCUGACGGCUGUGCUGGACUAUAUUUCCAAGAAGGAUCUGACACAUGCUGGGCGAAUCCUGCGCAACAAGCUUCGGCGAGUAGGUGUGCUCAUUCUCGUCAAUAUCUCCAAAUUGUAUGUGAACGCACAUGGCCACAAGGAAACGGACUCAACCGUGUUGGUGAAUACUACUACAGGUGCACCUCUGCCGGCAUGGAACAAUCCGAAUGCCACGCGAUUGACUGGGGUGGUGAAGAUGAUUGUGCCAGAACCCCUGAAGUUCGCAGAAGACCUGAAAACCAAAGAGGCAACUGAACAGUUGCUCGCAGAGCUGUCUGGGAUUGCCAAGCCAGGUGUACGUGCAUCACUCAUUCCAGACCAGGUUUACCGUUACGAGGCUGAGUUUGAUGAGGACGCAGAUGCAGCCGAAAGCCAGGCUGCGAAGCGAAAGAUUCCCAGCGACUCGAUUCAAAACAAGAGUGGCGAGGUCCAUUCCUGGUUCAGCCUGGUAGGGGCAGUGCAGCCCAACCGGGAGACGGCGACAGCGGAAGCCAGAAAGAUUGCGCAAGCCAUGAUGGCAGAGGACCUCAAGGCAGUCACCGUCAGGAACAACCUGCUUCUCGAAGCGGCCGGUCGCCUCGAUGCCCAGACAAAGGUCAUCCAGAUUCUUGCGAAAGCUGACGGAGACCAGGAGGAGGUCGAAGAAAAUGUCCUUGAUCAAGCUCCUGGGCAAGUACGCGUGACCGGGGUCGUUGAGAUGGUAACGGACUACCCGAAAUCCUUCUCUGCAGACCGCCGCUCUGAAGAGGGCCUGCUCCAAGCCAUCGCACAGCUCAGUGGCAUGCCCAGCAGCAGCGUUCGUGUGUCCUUGGUGCCAAGUGAGACACGCGUCGAAUCCUUACUGCAGCAGCCAACAGAGGGCGAAGAGGUGCCUCCGGAAACACCGUUGGAUGACAAGGAUGCCUUCAGCAACGAAGUCUCUGCCUGGUUUGUCAUCACUGUCCCGACGAAAGACGAACGAACACCCGAUGAAAUCGCUGAGAAACUCCGUGACCAGGACUUGACAAUCGCUGGCCUCAAAAUUCAGAACUGCAUCAUGGAUGAGGGCCUGGACUUGAGUGUCAAGGUCGGCCGUAUCACUGCCAUGGUCCAGACGACGACCACAACUACCCUGGGCACUGGGGUGAUCAAGAAGGUAGAUUUUCAUGGAGACGCUGGCCCAGAAGGUGCUACAGGCAACAAGACCUCUGCUGCGGCUGCCGCUGCAGCUGCCAACACUGUGCCUGGCUCUUCCUCAGUGGUCGGGGCAGAUGCCUCCACUCCGGCGAAAGUGAUUGCGGUGGUUGCUGCCGUCUCCCCCAACGAUGUGGAGCCGCCUACCAUGUCCAAUCCAGGCGGUGGCGAUGAAGAGUCUGAUGAUGAGGAGCAGGGCAGCAAGGUCACGAAGAGUUCGUCGUUGCUCGAGACUGGUCUAUGGCAUGUGGCUGCCGAUCUUCCUGUACUUCGCUUGAAGACCCUUGCACCUGUGCAGUGCUCGAUAAAGCAACCGUCAUGCGAUGGCUUCGACGGAACCCACCUCCUGGCCUUUUUCGUUGGCGGAGUUCUUGCACUGCUGACGGCUGGUUUGGUGCAGCAGCAUGUGGCGCAGAGGCUUCAGAAGCGAAAUGCCGUGCAACCAUGCAAGACUGCAGCGACGGGAGGUGCUGCUGCAGGUGGCACAGAUGCUGCCAAGGACAUUGAAAAGGGCACACCAGAUCCUGUAGCCGGCAAUGCGCUGGGCCAAGACGUUGCCCACCUUUGCGACAAGAUUCGGACGGUCCUUGAGUCAGAGGUGCAGCAGGGCGCGACAAUGAAGGAAGUGGAAGAUCGCGUGGAUGGCAUACUCAAGCUGUCCAAAAAUGAGCCCGCGGUUUCGACAUUGCGCGAGUCGGCAGCGCCUGCCUCCUCAGAGGAUCAUGAAACUGGACAUCCGAAGAUGCCGUCGAAAGGAUCCGUGGACACGCGGACACCGAGCUCCUCGAACCGCAGCGGCAGCACGGACCGCGACGCCGAGCAGAGCAGAGCGGAGGAGCUGCCCGGAGCCGUGGCGUUGCCGCCCGACCGCCCGAUGGGGAAGGCGCCCUUGCCGCCGCCUUUGCCUCCUGCAAAUCUCGAGCCGAUUGGGGACGAGGUGGGUCCGCCAAAGAUGCCAGAGCCCAAGGGCCAAGACGGCAUAGACACCACGAGCAGGUUUGGACCGACCGACAGGCAAUGCGCUGUACUCGAUCCUCCAGAGAAAUGUCUCGGAUUCGUAGACGAGGACGAGUCACAGCGCAAUUCCGUUGUGACCUUGCAGAGGAUCCUCUCAAAACGAGAUGCACAGACCACGGAGCUACAUCGACAGUUGCGGGACACGCGGCAGCAGCUCUGGCAACAGACAGCGGAAGCGCGUGCCGCGACGGCGAGGCUGAAUGCGUGCUUGAGCGACGCAAGUCGCACACCCCACGAGCAGGCAGAAGCCAUCGUGAGGCUUCAGAGCCAGGUGAAAGAGCUUUCUGGAAACCUAGCAGAGGCUCGCCAUCAGGAGCAGCAGUGGGCCAGCAUUGCAAAGCGCCAGCGCGCGUACCUGCAACAAAGUGAACGCAUCUCACAAGAAGGGAUGCAAAUCCUGAGGCGGCAUCCUGCAGGCGAAGUGUUCCUCGCACCCGCGCCGGUCUACGACGACGAGGAAGCUAGGGAGGAGCCUGUGUGGGAUGUUGGAACCGGAAGAACGAGCAGCAGCAGUGGUGGCAGUUCGCAUUGCAAUCCCUACGUCAUCGAUUCCUGGCCGUUCGAGCCAAACGUCCUCGCUGCACGCGCGUCGGUGCCGCCCAAUCUCAACCAGUGGGAGGAAGGCGACGAGGACUAUGAUGAUGUGGAUGAGGACUUGGACGAGGAUGAGCAUCCCCACUGGCAAUGGGAUGAGCAGGCGGAUCCGGAUGAGGAGGACACCUCGAGCCUGGAGCCAGAACGAAUGAAGGCUCCGUCAGCGUGUCGAGGCUCAACCUUGCCGCCAUUGACCGUGGAUACCUUGGCAAGUGCAUGGCUGCAUGAACAUCGAGCGUCGCAGCUUAGUGCGUCUGCAGCAGGACAGGCAGAGGCUAUGGCGCUCUUGUGUGGAUGCUGCACUGAUCAAGGUGAGCCUGUCGAGGCUGUCGAUUCUGCCAUCGAUCGAUUGAACGAUAAGCCAAAGGUCGCUGUGCCUGAUGAGGCCAAGUUCGGAGAUCCUGUAGCAAGCCCGCGCAACGACAGAGAGUUCGAGGUUGUGAUCGAGAAAAGCCCAGAUGAUCAACGAAUCGGCUUAGACAUCAGCGUUGUUGGUGGCAAGGUUCUCAAGGUCUGGAAAGUAAAAGACGGCCUCGUCAACGAGUGGAACAAGAAUCAACCGACUGAAAUGCAGGUAAAGGGCGGCGAUGCAGUAGUCGCUGUGAACGGCAAGCGUGGCAGUGCUGAUCAGCUAUUGGAUGAAGUGUCCAAGGGGCGGAAAGUGACGAUACUGAUCUCGCGGGGAAUGUUCGCAUGA